UUAUAUCUUGUUGUAGCUUCAAAGGAUACAUCACCUCUGAAAAUUUAAAUUGUUUAGUUAAUACGGUUUCCGAGAUAAAGCCUGGUGAAGGCAAGACAGACUUAGAUGGUCAGACGGAUAGCGGAGUCCCAGAAAUAUCACUCUGUUUUCAACUUGUGGAUACGAAACCCUAAAAAGAAUAUUUAUCCUCACUAUUAUGAUACUUGAUACUUAAUUUCGACAUAGGCAGUUUUCUCAAGUCCAACCAAAUGACUACAAGGAACAAUGUUAUCUGAAAGCCUUUUCUUAUUUAUAAAACAACGUUGCUUAAUUUUCGCCACAGUGCUCUCCCGUACAAUCAGUCAAGUCAUGGUAAACCCAAUAUACCAAGGUCAAUGUUAAAAUUAGACCAUCAAAGGUAAAAAAAUUGGACUCCUUUCACUAAAUCUACGUUGUGGACAUCUAGUUAGGAGGACAUAAGUGACAAAGCAAUCUGUGCACCGGUACAACAACUGUAUUACCUACUUUUUGCAUUUAUUAACGUGUGUUUCUCAUUGAAGUGCAUGAUAAGUUCAUUUUAGUUUAAUCUCAGACCAGAGUAGAUUUACAUGUGCGAAGCGAAACACACGCUAAAUUCUGUUUGAACAUAAUAACGGUUGUUUGCUAUUUUGUGCUGUCUUUUACGUUAAUUAUUUCGAGUGCGAGGCAAUUUUUCCGGUACCCACGUGUUACAUGUGUUCUCGUUGUGUUAUCAUGAAGUUCGGAUUCAUUUUAUUUUUAUUUGCUAUAAUCAUGAGUGAAGAUACUUUAGCUCACAAACUUCGUCUAGAGCACUGGAUGAGUGAUCUGCCUGCUCAGUUGAAAGAAGUACCAUUGAUCUACCUUGCUAUUCCAGGCAGCCAUGACUCCAUGACAUAUGGUAUAACACGGUCUAGCACAGUAGCGCCAGACGCCGAACCGAUCCUCAAUCGACUGUACCCAUUUUUCCGAGGUACGAUCUUACGAUGGACCAUAACGCAGGCCAGUGACACUUGGCAACAACUUCUCAUUGGCAUUAGGUAUUUUGACCUAAGGCUGGCUACAAAGCCAGAUGAUGACAACUUCUAUUUCACUCAUGGUUUAUAUGGAGAUGAGAUAUCUACAGCUUUGACUCAAGUCAAGGAAUUCACCGAAUCACAUCCUGGAGAGGUGGUUAUCUUGGACUGCCAGCAUUUCUACGGGUUUACGCGGGAACACCAUCAGAAGCUGAUGCGGUAUCUCCUCAAUCUGUACGGGCCUCGCCUGGUACCAAGACAGAUUGACCUGCAAGCCAUCACGCUCAACUCACUCAAUAGACUGAAGAUGCAGGUUAUCGUGGUAUACCGCAACGAAUCAGUGUACGCGACGAGCGAGUUCUGGCAGCCGCAGAUGUUGCCGUCGCCGUGGCCGCAGCAGGACACCAUCGACGGGCUUAACACCUUCCUCGGAAACAUCCGCAGACACCCCGGGACCGGGUUCGUGCACCAGGCCGUACUUACGCCUACACCCACGUUUAUAGUACUCAGAUGGAUAUCAAGUUUACGUGAAAAAUGUGCGAUACCAGUAAUGAACGAGGUGUUACCCAAGCUGACGGAGUUCGCCCCGGGCCCGCCCCAGCCCGGCAACGUGACCGCUCCGGUCAACGUCGUCAUCGGAGACUUCGUGGACAUGAACAACGCACUCUUCCCCAGGACCAUCAUAGAACUAAACUUGAAACUACUCAGAAACACUGAAAUAGUUCACCACAAUCAUGGGUAAGAACUGAUUUAGCAUUUAAAAGUAUUUGUUAUAUUUUUUUGUCUCGUUUUUAGUUAGCCCAGCGAGAUUGUGUAAUUUUAUUUACGAAUGUACCUGAAGAUGUUGGAGUCAGCGUCUACAAGCAAUAAAACAGUUGCCUGAUAGUCUUGCAACACUUGCAAUUUUUUUUUACGAAGUCUCUGACUGAACCCCAAUUCUGCUAUUUACAAUGACCGAUGAAUGAGUGAAAAUUGGCAAAAAAUUACACUUUCGGCAUUCCCUUAAGCAUUUUUCCUACACAAUGAUUGGAAACUCAGUAUUGGACGGUAAACUCACGGUUAAUAGUAAUUAUUGUGAAGGAAAAAUGCUUAAAAGAAUACGAAUAAUUUUAAAUUUAGUCCUAUUGUCAUUCAUUCAUCGGCCAUUGUAAAUAGCAGAAUUGGGGCAAAUCAUAGAAAACUUUUUUAUUUUAAUAAAGAGAUAGUUGUAAGACUCGGUUGCAACUGUUUUGUUGCUUACAAGCGCUGACCUCUUAAGUAUGCAAAAUACACUACUGUGAUAUAAAAUCAUAUUUUUAUACUUUCUGUAAUUCUAUAUUCUUAAGUAUACGGCUACCUUUAUGAUCUGUUGUACACAAUUAUGAGUAAAAGCUUAUUGUUCAAGUGCCUUUAAUAAAGAUAGAUUUAUUUGAUAAAUUA